CAUAUAAAGUGGAGCGUACAUUUUCAAUCGAGCAGUGCAGCAGCAGCUGCUUCACCAGUAAAAGCUAUAAAGCAAUAGUGUCAGAUUCAGAAAACUUGGCGAAAAUGUUGAAAUCUGCAUUACUGUUUGCGCUAUUGCCAGCGUUCUUUGCUACUGUGCAGUGCUUUCCCGACAUUGAAAAUAGCACGGUAUUGGACAGUUGUCUCGAAUCAAACCAUGUUACCAGAGAGGAACUAGAGUUUUUAUCCAAUCAGACCAGCUCUGAGGAGGAUAUGGACGAGCUUGAUAUGAAAUACAAAUGCUUCAUUCAUUGCAUGCUAAAUGAUUUAGGAUUACUAGAUGACAAGGGAUUCCUGAAUGCUUCGAAAAUAGAAGAUUUUGAGGAAAUGGGCGAUUCCAAUCGAGUGGUUCUGUACGACUGCAAGCGGGUACAUGAUGUGGCCGAUCUGGACAAGUGUGUGUAUGCCUUCAAUAUUGCGCAGUGUUUGUAUGACAAUAUCGAUAUGGAUAGUGAUGAGGCCGACGAAGAUACAGAGUAGAUAGAACCAACAUUCUAAUACUUAAAGCAAACACUUAAUGUUUUGAUUAAUUGAUUCAUUAAAUAUAAACAAAGCGAAGCAAA